CAUGGCGGCUUGUGUGGUUCACUACACGUAACAGAACCGUGAGGAUUUCGUCGCCGGGAUCAGCAUCGCUUACAGUCCCGGGCAGGCCGUGAGAUGGAUGGGGUACACCUGGAGUUCCCGGCCUUGCCCUCUUCCAGGGAGGAUGCGGGGGAUUGGAUGUAUCCAAUGAGAAGAGCAAUGCAGGAGAUAUUGCCUGGCUUGUACUUGGGCCCAUAUUCUGCCGCUAUGAAAAGUAAGCUUCCUAUUCUUGAAGAAAAUGGAAUAACUCACAUUAUAUGUGUACGGCAAGAUAUUGAAGCAAACUUCAUCAAGGCAAAUUUCCAAGAGAAGUUUAGGUAUUUAAUUUUGGAUAUUGCUGAUAAUCCAGUGGAAAAUAUAAUACGAUAUUUCCCUGUGACUAAAGAAUUCAUUGAUGGAUGCUUGAAAGAUGGAGGAAAAGUUCUUUUACAUGGAAAUGCAGGUAUUUCUCGAAGUGCAGCCUUGGUGAUAGCAUAUGUUAUGGAAACAUUUGGUGUUAAGUAUAGGGAUGCCUUUACCUAUGUUCAGGAAAGGAGAUUUUGUAUUAAUCCAAAUGCUGGAUUUGUCCAUCAGUUGCAGGAAUAUGAAGCCAUUUAUUUAGCAAAAUUGACAAUAAAGAUGAUGUCACCACUCCAGCUGGGCAGAUCUGUUUCUGCACAAGUUGUUCUCAGGAUGUGGGCGCUACUGGAAAUGCAGCAUUUAUCACCCAUCCUUAAUUGCCCUGAGAAGGUCUUCUCCUUUUAACUGCUGGCAAUCCUUCUGCUGAUGGUAUUACACAAAGGUGUUAGGUAGGGAAUUUCCUAGUUCUCAAUGGCUGUUGUCUUCUGCAGACCAUAUAGCUGGUGUGGCCAUCUCAACACAAAGAUUAGCAAGAUGUUUGCUUGGAUAUAUAGAAUUGAUUCAUUUGUGUGAAAUAUAUUUUGAGUAAUGUCAGUUGCUCUACUGAUAUUGCUUCAUUAUGCCAUACUCAACAGUAUCUACUACAAGGCUCUUACUCGCAGUAAUUUCUGCACUUAGACCCAUGCAAUAAUGCUUUGUUAAUCAGCCAUCCAUUUAUUGUGGUGCCUGUUUAUGGCUGCAAGCAUUUGAUCAGACUUUUUUUUUUAGCUAGCAUUUCUGUUGUUUCUGUCUCGGGUAACAUCAGUCAAAGUCCCAGAUUAAUGGUGGAUGAUCCAGAGAACCCUGUUCUAGACCUGUAAAAGCUUUCAUUUUCCUUCUCUAAGACACUACUGAGUUCGAUGUCUGUGGACGAUGCUUUAAUGAAGUGGAUUUACUUGUAGGAUAGUCUUUCUUUGAAUGUGUACACCCUUCACCAGAUCAAGAACCUAAUACUUUCCUCAAUGAUUCCAAAUAACUUGCUUCCUCUAGAAGUAAAAGCUGAUUUGGCAGCCUACUGGAAGUGUUUUUUAUAUACAAGAUGGGAAAAAAUGUCAUUUUAGCAAAUCUGGAGAUAAUUAACACCAAAAACUUGGUAUGAUUAUAGUGUUUCCUGUCCUGAGUCUAACCAGGCUUGUGAGUUGGAAAAUCUUUUGUUAUCCUCAUUGUACCUACACCGUAAACUAAUAGAAUUUCUGGCUGAGCCAUGAGUGGCCACCUUGUUAUCAUUGCUACAAGGACACAUCUUGCUUCCCUUUUUGUCUGCAGUUAGUAAUGUGUUAAAUUCUCAAGUUUGUUUUAAACACUCUGCGUGCUUUUAUUUAAUGUUUUCCUCAAAAGAACUUUAGAGAUUUCAACUGGACCUUCACAUAUGCAAUAACAAUUGAACAAUGCCAGACAUGGUAAUAUGUUAAUGUGCAAAGUUUUCCUGAGUUUCUGUUGCAGUAGAUUAGACUUGCAAAGGUGUGACAUCCACAGUCUCAUUACUGAAAUGAGCAACGUAAAUUGAAGUCGAUCAACAGAGAAUGGAUGCUGUUUGAAAAGAUCUUGCCUGUCACUUUGGUUCAAUUUCUGUCGUUGCCUUAAAUGACAUAUCCAAGUCAGUACAGUACCAAAAACUAAAUGCGGUUAUCCAGUAGUUGAUCAACAUCCAUGACAAAAAUCACUGAAUUCUGUACCAAAGAAGAAAGUCUUCCUCAAUGAGAGUACAUUCUGGAGAGUACUAACCCUUCUUCUCCUAUUUGUGGGAUCAUCGAGGAUGGCCAGUAUUUAUUGCCCAAUCCUAAGUUCUCUGGAUAACAUGGUAAUAAACAAGCAUUUUGUACUGUUGCAGUCAACAUGACAAAGAUGUUACCUCAUUGCUGUUAGGUGGAGAGUAACUAUUGAAAAGGCGGUAGUAUAUUUUAAGGGUUGAAAUGAUAUGCAACUUAGAGGUGGUAGUGUUUGUGUACGUUUCCUGCACUGGUUGUUCUAGGUGCUAGAGGUUGUGAGAUGCUGUUAAUCGUGGCAAGUUGAUGCAUUGCAUUUUUUCUAGUGGCAGCAGUGCUGUACUGGUAUUGGGGAUAGAUGAUGUUUAUGGCGGCAGAUGGGUGCCAAUCUAUCACUCUGCUUUAUUCUGGAUUCUAUCAAGUACUAAAUGUUGUGGAACAGCACUUGCCUAGAUAGAUGGAGUGUAUUCCAACACACUCCUGACUACAAUAUGUAAUACACCUAUAUUUCCUUUAAGAGACAUUGGAGUUGGAUGUCUAAGAUGCCUAUUCACACCCUAGUGCAGAAAACUUAAGAAUUCUGUAUCUCUUUAUGUGAAAUUAUAGUAUUUGUGCCUUCUGUGGGGCAAUCCUUAAUGAAAGUCUAACUUUGAGUUGUGAGAAUAUAUGUCAUCCUUUUAACCAAGAUGGGUUUCAUUUCUUCUAGAGGCCCUCACUUCAUCAUUCAAAAGAUUUACUUUGUUCCUGUCUACGGUGACCAUUCUGACAGCACAUUGCAAUGGAUGUUGAACUAUCCUCUAGUAUCAGUAUUUUUGGUUUGGAAUUUGAUGUUAUUUUACUGAUGAGAAAUAACUAAUUAACAAAAGCAGACUAUCUUUUUCAUUAAAAAUCCUAAUGGUUGCAAAUAAAUAGUGCCAUAGGCAUAUCACUCACCAUUAAGUUUUUCUGUGUAUAUUAAAUUAUGUGCAUUGAAACUCCAAGUUUAAAACAAUUUAUACUGUAGAAGUAUCUUUGUACAUUUGUCAUUUCCCUUGAAGAAUGUGACAUUUGUGUAAUAAUGGCAUCCAUUUUGUUUUACUUAGGAACAUUGAAAGAACACUGGAAGAUGAUGAUGAUUUUUUCAAAUAUGCAGGUGGCUGUGGCCCAUGAUGGGUAACCUGUAACUAUCCCAUUGCUUGUAAUGGACAUGAUUACUGUAUUAAACAUUAAGUGGAUAGAAGGAUGAAGUGUUAUUGAAUAUUUAAGAUUAUGAAUACUAGAAGCUGAUAUUACAUGGCACAUUUACUUUAUUUCCAUUUCUCAGCUCUGUCUUGCUACUUCUGAGGAAGUGAUGCUGGAACAGAAAACUUGCCCUUUCAGAACAACCUGGAGCAACGUAUGCCUGUGAAAUUGUAUAAUAGUGAUUUAAUUCUGACCAGGAAGAGGAGCAAAUGAUUUUUUUGAUGGACUUACAAGUCUUCAUAUGCUAAUUUUACAUUUUUUUUACCAAAACUGCCAUUUUGACAGUUAAUAAGUAUGCAUGUGCUAAUACAUUGAUGCACUUUUGAUACUUGAAUUUUGAUUGUAUGUAAGUUUGAUAGGGAAAUAAUGCACUGUGUGCUUGAUGUCAGACCCAUACAUGCAAUUUAUGUUACAAAGUGUUAAUCUUUUUGUGUAAUUUAUUAAAAACUUUCAAUAAAGUUUUUUUGUGAUUAA